AGAGAGAGUUGUGUUUGAGAUGGGUAAUGUGCGUUACGAGAGAGCACGCUUUCUUCUCAUCUUCAGGCACUUUCGCAAGAUUCAUGUGUCAAAUGCGGCUUAUACGGAAACGAUGGACUAUCUGCAUCAUAAGCAUCCUGCUGAUAUUCUACAAAACGACAGAUAUAGGCAGAAAUGAAGCGCGCCAGAAGACUGGACUGACAGGGAGGUCUGAGCCCAGUUCCACCAGACUGAUGGCUAAUGGCUCCGAGAAGCUGUUUGGCUUUAGUUUAAGCGAUCUGAGUGAUAUGGGAGUGGGAUGGAAGAUAAAUGCCACCCUUGUGACCAUCAUAAGGAAAGACGUGCUUCGCUUCUUGGAUGCGGAGAGGGACGUGUCUGUUAUCAAGAGCAAUUUCAAACCAGGCGAUACCGUCCACUACGUUCUAGACCGACGCAGAACGUUCAAUGUUUCUCAGACUCUACACACUUUACUUCCCGAAGUCUCUCCACUAAAGAACAAGACCUUCAAGACCUGUGCUGUGGUGGGGAACUCAGGCGUUCUCCUGAAGAGUGGAUGUGGGAGGGAGAUAGACAGCCAUAGUUUUGUUAUACGAUGUAACCUCGCUCCUCUGGAAGAUUUUGCAGACGACGUGGGUUUGAGGUCAGACUUCACCACUAUGAACCCCUCUGUGAUCCCUCGGGUGUAUGGGGGUCUACAGGACGAACGACAGCAGGAGCAGUUCAUCCAACGUUUACAGCAGCUGAACAACAGUGUGCUCUGGAUCCCUGCCUUCAUGGUGAAGGGUGGAGAGAGGCAUGUGGAAACUGUGAACCAGCUCAUUGUUAAACACAAAGUCAAAGUGCGCAUGGCAUACCCUUCGCUCCGCCUGAUCCAUGCCGUAAGAGGGUACUGGCUCACAAAUAAGAUCAAUAUCAAACGACCCUCUACUGGAUUAUUGAUGUACACGAUGGCUACGCGCUUCUGCGACGAAAUCUAUCUGUAUGGAUUCUGGCCUUUUCCCAAAGACGGCAACGGAAACCUUGUUAAAUAUCAUUACUAUGAUGGACUUAGAUAUCGCUAUUUUUCCAACGCGGGUCCUCACCGGAUGCCGCUGGAGUUCAAGACGCUGAAGAAACUGCACAGCAAGGGUGCACUCAAACUGACCACAUCUAAAUGCGCAUACCCUUGAGCUCACGAACCGACGCUCAGACUGAGAAAUCAAGCUACAAUUUCAAGCUUUGGAGAACGAGUGUGCCUUCAACUGCAACUGCUCAUCUUGCGAUACGUCUGAUUUUGUUUACUGUAGAGAAAGUGCAAUGCUUUACGCACUGAACAAACAACUGUGAUUUCCAAAUGACAAACGAUACAGUCGUGUUUAGUGCGUUGAUGUUACGGUCUUGCUAAGCGAUCUUGUCUGAAAAUGUCUUGCACAAAAGUUGCCAAAGAUACUUUAUUUUUAGUAUAUGGAACCAUGGUUAUUUUUUGAUACACACAAUUUAGAGACUCCCAUACAGCUAUACAAGCAGCUCCAAAAAAAAGUCAAAUCGUGUGUAAAGUAAAGAUUUUAUGAGUUUAAGUCAUAGAAUAUGGCAACUUGUUGAGUUUGAUUUCACCCGACAGCAUCCACUUUUUUUUAAUGGCCUGGAGAUUUAAAUAAUAGGUGUAAAUGAUUUUCUAUCAAUGUGAAAUAAAAAAACAUCUGGUUUGUUGUCAAUGAACCAUAUAGUUCCCAGUGGCGCUGUUAAGUUAGGAAGAAUCCAAGGGCCCGACAAUGGAGGGGGGCCCCCCGAAGGAGAAAUGCGGGACAUGAUCUCGAUUAAUUACUGCAGGGGAAAAACUACUGAGAGGGAAAAAAAGGGAAGCACUGGUAUCAGUCUAAAUUGGAUGAAUGCUUAACUUGUAUAUUGUCGAAAAGUAAUUUAGACCAAUGUGUCUUAAUCAAAUGUACUGCUGUAUGUCAGAUUGUAUUGGCAUGCCGGAAACUGAUGACUUGAAUAUUAUAACCCCUCAUAUUAUUUAUGUGGCAUUACAUUGUGUGUCUUACUGGUGGCUUACUGUAAGUAUGGACAAACAGUAAAACGUUCUGAGCGUAUUAUCGAUGCAGAACUGUUUGUAUCUUCAGUAAAUGCAUAAUAUAUGUACGUUAGGCCUUUUUGAAUGAAGACAUGCAAUGCCUUAGAGUAUUGAUUUACAAUUCUGUUUUUCUACUACAGUGCAUUCUUUUAUUUAUAUUGUAAUGUAUUUUGUAUUUCAAACAAAUUAAAUGCGUUUUUAAGCA